AUGGCAUCUACAUCUACAGAGAAAGCCCUUACUCGACGAAUGAUCCAACUUCGAGACUUGAACGCUACUCUGAUCUGUUCCGUCGCCCUACUCUUCUUCUCAGCUUUUAGUUACGGGUUCAGUGACCAGUCGUUUGCCUCGACACAGGCUACUGCUGCCUUUAAAAAGCAAUUUGGCGAUUAUGCGCCGAAGACGAAGAUUUAUACACUGCCGGCUUUGUAUUUGAGUCUAUUGAAUAGUUUGAAGGCGGGGACGCAGCUUGUCGGCGUCGUUGUUGGAAAUUGGAUUAGCAAGCACUACGGCAGACGAUGGUGUAUUUUCGUAAUGAGCAUAUAUGCUUUGGGAAGCGUCUCGGUUAUUGUGUCUGGGACUAAUCGUGCGCAGAUGCUUGCGGGCAGGAGUAUUCAUUAUAUCUACCUAGGGAUGCAAUUGGCUGUGAUUCCGACCUUUUUGGCGGAGAUUUCGCCUGCGCACCUUCGUGGUGGCACAGGAGCUCUGUAUUGGCUAAGUAUCAAGUGCGGUGGACUGCUGGUUACGGGUAUCGUAAGGGCGACGUCAAAAGAUAAAGAGAAUAUCGCCUGGCAACUUCCGAUAGGGCUAAUUCUCAUCUUCCCCUUGGUUGUGAUUUCUCUGGUGUGGUUUAUCCCGGAGUCCCCUCGCUGGCUAAUACUAGCUGAUCGCCACGAUGACGCUUUAGCAGCACUGACACGAUUUCGUCAAACCCGUGCUGAAAAACGAAACCCUACCGUUGCCGUAUCAGACGAGAUCCUCGCUGAAUUCGCCGACCUGACUGAAGCAGUAAACGGAAUCAAAACCGCUCAGCGCCUGGCGUGCGAGUCGUCAUCUCGUCUUCAACGAUUCCUCUCCAUCUUCAACCGCUCCAAUCGCCAACGCACCCUAACGGUGACUUUCCUUCUCUUCUUCCAGCAAUCCACAGGCCAAGCAUUCGCCUCUCAAUACGGCACGCUUUUCGUCCAAGCCCUCAAUACCGUCAACCCCUUCAGCGUAACCCUCGGUACUAAUGCUAUUGACAUCGCAGGUAUCCUCUGCUGCAUUAUGCUAGCUGACCGCUUGGGCCGCAAACCCGUUCUAAUCAUAUCGGCUUUUUUGCAGACUGCCGCGCUACUUACGAUGGGUGGCUUGGGGACCGCCGAUCCCUCAACGUCUUCAGACUCGGACUCUGUGAAGGCCGGGAUUGUGGCGAUGUUACUCCUCUUCUCGUUCGGGUGGUCGUUUGGAUAUGCGCCGCUGGCGUACGUGGUGGCUGCCGAGUUGCCAUCUCCAUAUCUCCGCGAAUACACGCUGAACGUGGGUUAUACGGUGAAGUUGAUCAUGGAAUUUGUAGUGUCAUUUACAUAUUCCUACCUUGAGGAUGCUGAUAAAGCUAAUUUGGGUGGGAAGCUUGGGUUCAUUUAUGGUUCGAUUGCGUUUUUGGCGCUGGUUUUCAGUGUGGGUUUUGUGCCGGAGACGAAGAAUGUUGAGCUUGAGGAGAUGGAUGAAAGGUUUGGCGGGUCUACGAGGGAUACUAUGCUGGAAGACAAGGUCGCGGAAGAGGACGGCACGGAGAUCAUUAGGCCGGAGUCAAAGACUACUAAAGCUAUAUAG